CAGCGUCACAUGAGGGAGUCCGCGGGGCGGGGGGGGCGGGGGCUGUGGGCUGUGGCUGGAGGCCGGGGCGGGGCGAGCUCGGGGGGCGCCGCUAGAGCGCCCCGGAGCCGCGGCGGGAGAGCAGCGCGCAGCGUCGCCGAGCGCAGGCCCUGCUGCAGCCAUGGCGGUGGAAGGACCCAUGCGAUGUGUCAAGUUCUUGCUCUACGUUAUCCUGCUGGCCUUUUGCGCCUGCGCGGUGGGACUCAUCGCCGUGGGGGUCGCCGCCCAGAUUUUCCUGAAUCAGGCCGUUAACCAGGGGACCACGGCUGGCUCCCUGUUGCCCCUGGUCAUCAUCGGGGUGGGUGCUUUCCUCUUCCUGGUGGCCUUCGUGGGCUGCUGUGGCACUUGCAAAGAGAACUACUGCCUUGUGAUCACGUUUGCUAUCUUGCUGUCUCUCAUCGUGGUGGUGGAGGUGGCUGCAGGCAUCGCUGGCUAUGUGUUUAAAAACGAGAUAAUGUCGGAGUUUAAUAAGGACUUCCGGAAUAAGAUGCAGGAAUAUAAACAAAACAACCAGUCGGCUUCCAUAGUGGAUAAAUUGCAGGAAAGAUUCAACUGCUGUGGGGCUGACAACUACACUGACUGGGCCACCGUCCCCGCUAUGACCCCCAGCCAAGUUCCUGAUUCCUGCUGCCGGAAUGUCACUGUUGGCUGUGGGAAUAAUUUCAGCGUGGAGGACAUCUACCAUGAGGGCUGCACGAAGACCAUUGGCUUGUGGCUGAGGCGGAAUGUGCAGGUGGUGGCCGAAGCAGCCCUGGGCAUUGCUGCCGUGGAGGUCCUGGGGAUUAUCUUUGCCUGCUUACUCGUGAAGAGCAUCCGAAGUGGCUAUGAGGUCAUGUAGGGGGUCUGAUCUCUUCAGCCCCUGCAUGUGGGGUGGGGUGGGGUGUAGACUCCAGGUUUUUCAAUUAAACGGAUUAUUUUUUCAGAUUG